AUGUCGAACAGCCCUGCUCCUGCAGAAGACCAGGCAAGACUUCUUGAUGAAGUUCUUAAUGUUGUUAAAUUACAAGCACAUCAGAUGAAGAAGUGUCUGGAGAACAACAAGCUUAUGGAUGGUCUCAAACACUGUUCCAACAUGUUGGCCGAGUUGCGCACCUCUGCACUUACCCCCAAGACAUAUUAUGAGCUUUAUAUGGCUGUUUUUGAUGCCCUGCACCACUUGACUAUCUACCUUAUUGAGGCACACAGUGCAGGUCGCCACCAUUUGGCUGACCUUUAUGAGCUUGUCCAAUAUGCUGGGAACAUUGUGCCUCGUUUGUAUUUAAUGAUUACCGUGGGUGCAGCAUAUAUGGGUAUGCCAGAUGCCCCUGUUCGUGAAAUUAUGAGAGAUAUGAUGGAGAUGACCAAAGGUGUUCAGCAUCCUAUCCGUGGCCUUUUUCUCAGACACUAUCUAAGUGGAAUGACAAGAGACCAUCUUCCUGUCGGAGAAAGUACUGGACCCGAAGGAAAUGUUCAUGAAUCGAUUACAUUUGUUCUGACAAACUUUACGGAGAUGAACAAACUCUGGGUACGUCUUCAACAUCAGGGUCAUUCCAGAGACCGUGAAAAGAGAGAGGCAGAGCGAAAAGAAUUGAGAAUUUUGGUGGGAACAAACUUGGUGAGACUCAGCCAGCUGGAAGGUGUAGAUCUCAGAAUGUACCAAACGACUAUUCUUCCAGGUAUCUUGGAUCAAGUUGUGAGCUGCCGUGAUGUGAUCGCACAAGAGUACCUUAUGGAAGUUAUUACUCAGGUCUUCCCAGAUGAUUUUCAUUUGCGCACACUUCAGCCUUUUUUGUCUGCAACGGCUCAGUUACAUCCCAAGGUUAAUGUAAAGCAAAUUAUUAUUUCUUUGAUCGAUCGCCUGGCUGCUUAUGCUGCUCGUGAAGCAGACGGCGAGAAAGCCGAAGAAGCUUUAGUACAAAAUGAAAAAUCUUUUGCGGAUGAGAAAAAGGAGGAUGCGGUCAAAUCAUCCGAAUUAAGCGAAACAGCUGAGAUAUCUGAGAAGGUUGAAGAGGGUGCUACUGUUUCCGAAACUACCGAUCCUGAAGAAGCCAAAGAAAAUGGCGAGGAAUUAAAGACAGAAGACCAAGAUGUGUCUAAAGUUGAAAUUUCACCAGAAGAAAAUGGUGCUGCUGAAGUCAAGAAGAACAUCGAGGAUGCAGAAACAGAAGAGAUCAAGAAAGUUCGUGGUAUUCCCCAAGAUGUGGAACUGUUUCUUGUAUUCUGGGAGCAAAUCGUUGAACUUGUCAAGGCUCGUCCUGAUCUUUCUGUUCAAGAUUUGACUGGCUUGUUGGUGUCCCUGAUCAAUUUGUCGUUGUCUUGCUACCCAGAGAAACUGAAUUACGUUGAUCAAAUUCUGGCUUACGCAAAAGACAGAAUUAUCGAUCUAUCUGGCUCACCGGACCUGCAUGCUAAGGCCACUGAGGGUAACCUUUUGGCUCUCUUGCUUGCACCCGCCACCCACUACGAUUCCAUCCUUACUCUUCUUUCACUCAAACAUUACCAGCCGCUUCUUGCUAUCCAGCCAUUUACUACAAGACGUGCUGUGGCACAUGCUAUUGUAGAAAAUCUUUUGAAGAAGGGGACUCUCUUGACUGUUCCAGAACACAUACAAGGAAUCCUUGAGUUGUGCGAGGUUAUGUUACGUGACCAAAAGGAUGCCCCGUCAGCCUCUACAUCUUCGUAUAAUGGUCGCGGAAACUCAACAGAUUCUACUGCUGAACAUGAAUUAUAUGUGGAAGAGCAGACCUGGAUUGCCAAGCUUGUCCAUUUGUUCGUUUCCCCUGAUGAAGAUACCCAAUUUUUGCUUUUGUCUGCUGCGAGAAAACAGUUUAGCCAGGGUGGUCAACGCAUAGUGUACACCUACCCAUCAUUGGUCAGUUCCGCAGUAAAGCUGGCAAGAAGAUACAGACUUUUGGAGGAACAGAACGAGGUUUGGGAGUCAAAGACAGCCGCUCUCUUCCGAUUUAUCCAUCAGGUCAUUUCUACUAUUUACCAUCAAUGCGAUCAGGCUGAAGCAUGUCUCCAUCUCUUUCUCCUGGCAGGCCAGAGUGCAGACGAGAUUGGAUUUGAAGAAAUUGCGUACGAAUUCUUUGUUGAAGCAUUUACAAUCUAUGAAGAAUCAAUUUCUGAAUCUAAAGCUCAGUUUGAAGCAAUCACAUCUAUUAUCGGUGCUCUCCAGCAAACACGCGUGUUUUCUCUCGACAACUAUGACACACUUAUUACAAAAGCUACAUUGCAUAGUUCUAAGCUUUUGAAGAAACCCGAUCAAUGCAGAGCUGUCUACCUUAGUUCACAUCUCUGGUGGGCUACCAGCCGAAAGGAUGAAAAAACCGACGGCCAGAAUCUCUUCCAGAAUGGUAAACGCACCCUCGAGUGUCUCCAAAAGGCACUCAAGAUCGCUGAUAGUUGUAUGGAUGCGGUUACCAAUGUGGAAUUAUUUGUUGAAAUCUUGAAUCAAUACGUAUACUACUUUGAGCGUGGAAACGAAGCAGUGUCUGCAAAGUAUUUGAAUGGUUUGAUCGAUCUAAUCAACACCAACUUAAGCAAUAUGGAUGAUCCUGAUCAACAUCCCCCUACUGCAAACUCAUCCUCACUUGUUGAGAGAGUUGGUCCUGUAUCUGACUAUGUUCGCCGUUACUUUACUGCCACUCUUAAGCAGCUUCAACAACGCAAGAGAGAAACAAAGAGUACAGAUGCCGGACCCAAAUACGAUGAAUUAGAAUUGUAGCAACCGAAAUAUGGAAAUAGCAUCAUUGAUGCGAACAAACAAAGCUUGUAUAAACAAUGAUGGUAUGAAUCUGUCCUUUAUGAGAAUGAUAAAAAAAUAUUUUUAUGAAGUUUUGCUUUCAUAAAAAUAAGAAUAAGAAUGACUUUUUUAAACAGU